AUGAGUGAAACCACCAAAGAAGCGGCUCUGCUGAGAGAGACUCGUGUUUCUGAAGCUCUUUUGAAGCUUUCUAAAAACUCGACGCGGGAGAGCCAGCGCCUCCAGGCGAUCAAAACCUCGUGGACGGCGAAAUUGCGCGCUUCGGCGAUCAGAAGCAACUGGAACAAAUCCGUCGACAAAGAAUGCGGCGCCGACAUCGUCCUCGAAGAUUUGUGCGUUCCUUUCAUCCCACAGGAGAAGAAAAAGACGAGCUACAGAAAAGCGUGUUUCUUUGUGGCGAAGAUCGGAUCGAUGGUCAAAGACUCGGAACUCUUCACUUUUGGAAAGGACGUGACGGAACUGAAGAUUCCGACGAAAUUGCACUUUGAAAACGUAGCCGCCGAUUUCGAGCUCUUCCUCGACUUUUACGGAAUGGACUUGACUCUCAAGGAAAAACUCUCUUCAGUUUCGCCAACUGCGAAGUUUUCGAAAUGGGCGUCGGCGAAGCUCACGAAGAAAGAUUUGACGAGUCGGAUGCAAACGCAUAUUCUUGAGCCGACAGACAGUGCUCCCAAGAUUCCGCGAAUUUAUGGCACUGUUGAUUGCUGCGCUUCUAGCAGGAUAUCCGUAUUCGAGGAAAUUAUUCAUGAGGGCUUCGUGCACCUCUGGAAGGAGCAAAGCGGCACCUGGCAAAUGGUCUGGGCUUCGCUCAAGAAUGGAGUCUUCAAGUGCCAAAUCGACCCAAGAUCUAAAUCACAAGUCAUCCUGGAAGUCCCUUUUACCGGAGACCUAAUCAUCAAGAAAUCCGAUAGAAGACGGCAGUAUGCCCUUGGCUUGAAAAACGCGAAACACGACGUUGUCAUCGCCUGCCAGGACGGAGAGGAUAUGCUCGAAUGGAUGAAAUCAUCGACGAAGCACCAGCAGCACUUGUACAAGUGGGACAAGUUCGCCGACGAGAACUGCGAACUCGACAUUAGCGGCGACCUCGAGCAGCGGCCGCUUUCUCCGCUUUUCACUUCCAAGUACAUUGCGGAAGUCUCAAACACGCCGAAACGACCCUCGACGGCCAUGGCCGAGCGGCGGAGAAUGUCGCAACGAUCGGUGUACUCUGCUAGCAGCGGGAGACAGCCAAAAAGAUCAAGCUCGAUCGAGUCGCCACGGAAAACCGCGCUGGCGACGAGUAUGCCGGCCCGUCCCUUCGUAACUCCGCGCUUUAAUGGUUUGGACAAGCCUAUGACUUUUGAGGAGCUGGACUCGCCAAUUACGCCCGUGCAGAUCCUCAGGAUAGAUUCUGAUGCUGAAAGCGACGAUAAUACGAUGAAUGACGGCGAAGAGCUGGCGAACGCGUACGAUAUCGGGGAGACAACCGACGACUUCAUCAAAAAGUAG